AUGCGACCCAAAGCAAAACAAAACAACACAAAAGCGGGCGCCUGUCUAAAACGAGGGAGUGGGCCGGAGAAGCGAGGCGACGGCAUAGACAUCGACUUGUUUGAGCCUGCUGGAACGGAGGAGGACACGACCGGGCGCCGGGACCCCUCCAUCCCGACGCCCAACCUCCACCCCCUGGCCCGGCUGCUGGAGAGUGUGGACUGGUCGGAGCCCGGCACCUUUGACGGCAUCCCCAAGACCGAGUACGACCCGCUCCGGGACGGGCCCCUGCGCUACCUGGGAUAUGCCAACGAGGUCGGGGAGGCCUUUGGCGCCUGGCUCUUCUCCGGCGGCGUGCCCUUGUCCUAUGCCAUCGCCAUCUCCUACGUCCUCUUCGACACCGUGGACAAGUGGCAAGCGACCUACAGGGACGCCCGGGCCAAGCUGAGCGGGGAGAGUGUCCCCAGCAGCGUGGACGUGCCACUGCUGGUGCACCUCAUCGCGCUGGACCGGGGCCUGGACACCCUGGUGUGGCAGCUCAUCGCCUCCGUGGCGGCGCCCGGGUACACCAUCCACACGCUGGUGGCGGUGGUGACGCAGCUGCUCGUGGCCGCUGAGGCCACCAGCCUAGGCCACAGCCUGACGGCGCUGCUCGCCUCGGCGCUGCACACGCCCGAGGAGGCGCUGGUGCCCCUGCUGACCAAGUCGCUGCCCACCGCGGUGGGGCUGGCCACCAUCCCCUACAUCGUGCACCCCAUCGACAGCGGGGUGCAUGCCCUGCUCAAUGCCACGCUCCGGCCCCUGCUCAAGAGAGGGGUCUGCAGUCGGGGGGGUGCGGAGGCGGGCCUCGCCAUCUGCAAGCCCAGCAGGGAGGGCAGGUGA